AUGAACGGUACCGAACCAGGCGAAGAAGCAAACGAUACAUCAGCCGGCAACUUAAGCCCUCGAACAGAGCAGUUCGCCCUGGGUUCUUUGUACUAUUUUAUCAACUACAGCUUCGAGGUUUAUGGAGAUCGAUGUCUUGAUCCUGAUAAUCCUAGGGAGCAUGGCUUCAAGAUGAUCGGUUUACUGCAGAAUUUGAUAUUCCCAGAACUCAACGGAGAUUCUUUGAUUGACGAUAUCAUCCACAAAUGUUGGCAUAACAAGUAUCGCAAGGUUACCGAUUUGGCUGAAUACACUGAGGCUCUCCUUGUCAAAGAACCCAGUGCUGCAGAAGACACUGAAGCCGGCUCAUCGGAGGACGCUACUUGGAAAAAGGUCCUGUGCCAGGAUCUAGAAUACCGUGGGCUUCUAGAGUUCCUUUGUUCUGACGAGCCGGUUAAACUUGGCUUCCCUCUCGGUUGGUAUAAAUACAGCGAGACGGCCUGA